AUGUGGACUAAUACAUUCAAUUCAGGACGUUGCUCACCGGAUGAUGAUUUUGCAUUUUCCGCCUUUGCACCCCAACCCGUGGGUGGUGGCGUGAGUAUGAAUAACGCAGGAAUGUCACCAUAUCUAAAUAUCAAGAGUCAUCAUAGUACCAACCCAUACCAAAUGGGACUUAUGGAUACUUUCCAUUCAAUGGGAUACCCUCCGGGACAUCCGAGGAAACAACGAAGGGAAAGAACAACCUAUUCAAGGGCUCAGCUUGAUAUUCUUGAAUCACUUUUUGGGAAAACUCGCUAUCCAGACAUUUUCAUGCGAGAAGAAGUGGCGCUUAAGAUUAAUUUACCCGAAUCGAGAGUUCAGGUCUGGUUCAAAAAUCGUCGUGCCAAGUGUCGACAGCUACAGAAGCAGACGCAACAGACGAAUGUUCUUACCACAAACACCAAUGGCGCAGCAUCCGCAGAAAUGAAGCGUGUGGAAAAGGCACCAUCUCACGCGAAAACCUGCACUGGGGGCUCAGCCACCAAGAACACCAAAAGCCCCUCAAUGGCCAACAAAGUAGCCACAACAAGUGGUGCUAAGAACACAACAAGCUCUUCGGCAGCAUCCACAAAUCCCACCAAUGGAUCCGCAACAUCGACUAAAUUAACAACUCACAGUCAAUUCCUUCUCACGACCUCCUCACAAGGACAGUAUGCAACGAAUAGUCCAGCCAAUGGAAGCAUCAUUUGGUCACCUGUAUCCUCGAAUCCUGGACCAGUAACCCCAUGUGGAAGUAUACCGAGUUCGUAUGAGAACUGCUCAUCUUACUACUCAAAUGUGGACUAUUUGGGAGCUUCGUUUCAACAAUUGGUACCUAACUUUACAAUUUAA